AUGCUCACGAUGCAGUUCCUCCACUUGUCGACUGCCGUCUUGGCAUAUCUCUCCUCUGCCGUAGUGGCUCACGGCAGCCACCACCCUAUCCGGGAUGUCGAGGGCGGCACGCUGGAGGUAACUCUGGAGGCGGUCUCGCCCAACGAUGCGACAAACAUCAGGGCGACCAUUAAGAACGUGGGUAGCCAGGAGUCUAGGCUCCUCAAGGUCGGCACGGUCCUUGACGAGAGACCUGUCAAGAAGCUGACUGUCCUCGACUCGAAUGGGUCCGAGGUGCCAUUCUUGGGAAUCGAGCUUAACCUCAUGGCGGAGGCCCUCAAGCCCCAGCAUUACGAGUCUUUGGCCCCCGGCUCGUCCAUAACCCGCAAGCUGGACGCCACCUUUGUGCACGACUUUGAGCCGGGGACGUACAGCCUUCUCCUGGAGGGGCAGUUCCCGACCGAGUCGGGCUCCUCCAUCGCCUACAGGUCCAACAGGAUCAGCAUCAACGUCGCAGCCCGCACGGUCGCCACCAUCCGCAAGAUGGCGGAAAGACGCUCCACCGUCCUGGAGCCGUGCUCGAACCGGACCGUGGUCGACGAGACGCUGGCCAACUGCGUCAAGCUGGCACGCGCCACGGCCGCCGACGCCGCCGACGUGCACUCGCAGCGCUUCGUCGAGUACUUCAAGUCCAACGCGACGGCGGACCGGGAGCAGGUGGCGCAGCGGCUCGAGGCCGUGGCGCGCGAGUGCGAAAACACGCCCGGCGGCAACACCAGCCUCAACUGCCAGGACAUCCCCUCGUGGAACUACUGCGUCACCGGCGGGCCGCUGGUCGCCUACACCAUCUGGGUGAACGGCUACAUCGUCCUGUGCCCGCUCUUCUACGAGAGGCCCGCCCUGCCGCGCCAGUGCCACAGCCAGGACCACGCCACCACCCUGAUCCACGAGAUGACGCACGCGAGGGCCGUCGCAGAGCCUUUUACCGCCACGAACGACCGCGCCUAUGGCUACGACGCCGUCAUGAAGCUGGACACUGUCCUGUCGUUGGAUAACGCAGAUACAUACUCUCUAUAUGCUUCCGGUAAGUUAAAGCCGUGA